UUUACGAUUUUAUUUCAUUCCAGAAGUAUGUUCAGGUGCCAGUACUGACCGAAUUUGUUCCCAUAAGGAAUAUUGUGAAUUAGAUUAGUCCAUUUCAGACCCCCAAACAUACACAUACAAAUGCACGUACAUAAAUACACUUACAUAAUUGGUUGCAUUGGGGGCUGAUCGUAAACCGGGGGUCCACUGUAUUUGUAUGCAUUUUUAAGUGGAAAAAAGGGGUGUUCCACUUUAUGACAAUUUCCGCUUUACGGCGGUAGCCUGGUACCUAACCUGCCAUAUAAGUAAGGCCCUACUGUAUAUCUUUGUGUAUGUGCUUCUAAACUGUUGUAUCUGGGUGCCUCUGCAAAAACUGGUUAUGUGUGAGUGGGAGACAUACAAUAAGCACAAGCUUUUACUGAGGCAGAAUGUUACACAGAGCUAAAGUCCGUCCCAAUGAAGUGUGUUCAGUACCUUGUCUAUGUCUUCAUAUGUGUCAUGUGUGUCUAAACUUGCACAGGUGUGAGUGUCCAUCGGGAUACAUGGGUCCCACCUGUGUCCAGCCGUGUCCAGCAGGUCGCUAUGGCCAUGGCUGCCUCGAGGACUGCCGGUGCAACAAUAGUGGUUGUGACCGUGUUACUGGAGAGUGUGCGUGUGCGCCCGGCUGGCGAGGACCUCAGUGUCAGCAACCAUGCCAAGAAGGCAGCUAUGGGGCUGGCUGUGCUAUGAGCUGCAGCUGUGCCAAUGGUGCCAAAUGUGACCACAUCUCAGGUGCCUGUGUGUGCCCACCAG